CAGCGCAUGUAAGAAAGAGGUGGCUGUGUUCAAACCUGUACAUGACAAUGGAAAUAGUGCUUUGUGACACACACGAGAGCCCGUGUUUCCUGAAGACCGGCGUCAGAGAUGGGCCGAACAAGGGGAAGAGCUUUUAUGUGUGCAGCGCCAGAGAGGGAACGCCGUGCGGAUUCACGCAGCCAGCUGAAAUGCCUCCCUCUCACUGCCUACAUCACGAAGACUCUCUGGUGGAGCUCCAAGCACUCGUUCAGAGCCAGCAGCAGGGCUGCUACAGGUUAUUCUUCCGUUGCGUUUCGGGGAAGAGUGAAGGGAAGAAGUGGUGUGGAAGCAUUCCGUGGAAGGGGCCUGAGGCAAAGGGAUGGAAUCCCCCAGCAGAUGGAGAGUCUCAGUGCGCCAAGCUCCCCCAGGAGAGGAAUCCAUUCAAGGCUCCAAGCAAAACCGGGCAACCGUCAGAAUGGAGGAUCCUGCAGGAAGGAGGGAACAGCAGGAGUGAGCAAAAAAUGAAGGAGAGAGGAGAGAGGGAGCAAGAAAGCCGAAAAGGAGGUAUGGCGGGAGAGGGGAGGGGGAAGGGGAAGAAGGAGAGUGUACGAGAGGAGAAGAGGCUGGAUGUUUGGCAGGGAACAAUGAAGGGAGAGUGA